AUGCACGGACGCACAGAGGAAUCGGCUCGGCUCACAGCUAGACGCGUGCGGUUCACAGAGCCGGCAUCGGUGUCGCAAAAGUCCUAUGAGAAGCUCCUACAGGCGCUGCUACACGAGAGAGACGCAAUCAGCAGUGCGUAUAACUCGCUCUUGGCGCUGGUGCGCCAAGACCCCGGCACGAAUGGUGAGAAGGCGCACGCUGCUGCAGUGGUGUGCGGCCUGGCCGGGCUGCUUCGCUAUAUGCUGGAGCGCCUGCACCACCAUACAGCAGAGGCGGCGGUGGGCUUCGCACAAGAGAGCGGGGCGUUUGCGAGUCCGCAGUGCGCGGAGGCCGCGGUUGCGCUGCGCGAGGCCUUAGCGAUGGGGCUGCGUGCACAGAGCGCACGGAAGAGCGGUACGCCGCAUCGCGAAGCCGCCUUGGAAGAGGGGAGUGAGAAGAAGAAGAUCACUCGCCCAAGACGACGGCACGUUUUCGCCGUCUCGUCGCGCUACUCGGGGGAGGCACAGCGCGAGAUUGUGGAGGUCGUGACGUGUCGCCUCGGCCGGACGACGGUGGUGCUGCGGCAGUGCGAUGACAGCAACGAAGAGAGCGUUGCUUUGCAGUUCGGUUGCCACGUUCUCGUGGCCCCGUCGCCCCCUACCAGCCCCCCUGCUAUUGUGUACCUGACAAAGGAGAGGCUAAUGCAGUACGUACAAUCCACUUUCGGUGAUGAGGCAAAGUGGAAUACGUCGCAGCCACAAGCGGAACAUGACAAUGAAAGCGAUGUGGAUGAAGAACUCGACGAGAUGUUGUGUGCGCUCGACUUCACGGCACGUAGCAGCCUUCUGCUGACGGAGACCUCGCGGCUGACGAGCCCAAUGAGCGCGGCUACUAUCCUUCCUAAGGAUUCUCCGCGCAACCCACUCCCCGCCAACCCCACGCGAGCGCCAACAGACAGCCGAAGCGAUAUGUCACUCGUAUGGAGCGCGAUGGAUGAGAAUAGAUUGCCGUACGGUGGCCAGCGGAAGCGACCACGCGAAGAGCAGGAGUCGCAGGUCAUUCAGUAUCGGCACGAUUCACCACCACAGCUCUCAGUGGGUCUGGCCGAAGACGCUGCGAAGGAAGUUGCACUGGACCCGGCACAGUGGUGCUUUCAAAUCAGCAUGUCGCUUAAGGAUUCAAAGAGUGAAAUACUGAAAGCCAUUCGUCGACUUGGUGGUCGUGUAGACAACAGCAGUUCGUACAACCCAGAAACAACCCACCUGGUUGUCGCCGAAGGAUUGGCGGAACGCACAGAGAAGUAUUUGAGUUGCUGCGCCGCCCUCAAAUAUAUUGUGACGCCUCGCUACAUAUAUGAUUCUGUUAGACGGGGAAGGUGGCUCAUCGGCCGUCUGUAUGAGUACGACAAAAAUCCCUUGCGACACCGCUUAAGGGAACCAAUGACGUUGCCGUUCUGUGGGUGGUGUGUAGUGUUGUUUACAUCAGCGCCGCAGGUGGACUCUGGCAUCGUUUCUGUGCUACAGGCAGGGGGCUGCACCAAUAUUACAUCAUAUGUAUUUGAUAAUCUGUGCUCUCCCCAAAUUGAUCCUGCAUGCGUAGAUGAAGCGUCGCAUUUGUUGGUGGAGUGCAGGGACAUGUCGCCCGCGGGACGUUUUCUUCCUCCGCCGUGGUUCCCCCCAGAAUUGAGACAACCUGACACCCGUUUCUUUUCCCUGGAGCUGCUGUACCACUUGCUGUGCUACUCCGCAUCUCCCCUGUUUGACGACAAGGGACGUCUUUUAGAGGAGCAGCUGGUACCAUCAACGUGCCGAUUAGAAUUACCUUGA